UCUGUAUACACCAUACACAGGUGGCGCCCUGACCGGGGCCACCUCACGCAGUUCAUCGCAUGGCGAGGUCUAAUACAAACGCAUUAUCCAAACUCCGAAGUGCUUGCGACCAUUGCCAUUACUCCAAGGUUCGCUGCACAGGAGAACAAUCAGGAUGUCGACGAUGCAAACACGGCAGACGGAAAUGCCAUUACAGUGCCUCGAACGUCGGAAAGACACCUGGAAAUAGAGUCCACAAGCAAAUGAGUACGACUUCCGAGAUCCAGGUCGCCUCAUUCAGAGACGCAAGGGCUUUUGAGCAGCUCGUCUCAGGAUCACCAUCCCUGGCCCACAAUCUCGACCUCUGGACACCAAUGCACAGCGAAGAUGCUCAAGACCAGACUUUGGACAACUCUGUUAGUAGCAUGAAAGAUAAUGAGCCGCUCGUCACAGAAUCACCAUCCCUGGCCCACAAUCUCGACUUCUGGACGCUAAUGCACAGCGAAGAUACUCAAGACCUGAACUUGGACAACUCUGUUAGUACCACGAAAGAUACUGGGCCGCUCGAUGAUGCUAUCUGUGUGAUGGAUGGUUUUCCGAACACGGAAGAGCUCUCCGAAAUGGACUUUCUAGCGACACCAGAAUCACAACCGGGCGUUCCCUUGCAGACGCCCAUUCACUCUCAAGUACCCUCCCAACCUAGAACCGGGUCCGUGUCGACAACCGCAUCUACCUUCAGCUCGAUUUCGACCGAUCAAGGAAGCACCGCAGAGCUGACUUUGCGAAUCAACGAAUUGAGCCAGAAGUUAUUGCAGUCGCCGCUUGCCCUCGACGAAGUGCUCAGUACAAAUACCUUCUACCUUCAGAUAAUAGAGUCUAGCCUCAUGGAUCUUUCCACAGAUCCCUCACGCAUGUCGACAAUUCUCAUGAUGAUAAUUUGUUUAACGCAGGUCCUCGCGCUUUUUGAGGAAUGCGUCGGUCGCGGCACCGAAACAGCCCUAUUCGACAUGACGAAUGGUCCAAUACUUCUGCUUGGAAGCUUCCAGGUCGACGUAGAAUCUCAGCGUCAGAUACGUAUCAAGAUUGUUCUGAAAGAGCUCACGAGGAUCCUCGCUGUGGCUGGUGGCCUUGGCCGUGCCCUGCAACAGCAGCCCGUCGCUGUGGGAUCGCAAAAUCAAACGUAUCGUACUCUUUUGACAGAUGUUCGGAAGCGUGUACAGUUUCUAGCUCAAAUCGUAAAGAAUGCAUAG